UUCCGAAAACUGUGAAACGUGCUCGCGGACGCUUUCAGGUAUGAGUUGAUUAAACAAUUUUUAAUUGAAGCAGCAAUUUAAAUUUGAAUGCAAUCUCUCCUCUUCCCGAGAAUACGUUUGUUGUACGCACUAUGCAUUCGUGGCAGUGACGUUAAUCGUAAUUAUUAUCGAGCACGUCUUCGAUAUAAAAAUGCCGAAGCGUUUCACCUUAGAGCUCAGAGAACUUUUGGCAACGAUCGAAACGUGUACACAGUUAUAGUUCCAUUAAAAUGAAGAUUCUCGUGGUGUUAAGUUCGUUCGUAAUUUCGAUCGUAGUCAGUCAGCCAGUGAAGGAAUCCGGGAUUGACGACACAGAUAUCAUAGAAUACGGAGCACACAGGUACGCCAGAGAUUUGAAAUCCGAUCCUCCGCUCUGUCGAGUCAACCAAUACUUCGACAAGGAAAAAAACAAAUGUAUGAACGUAAUAGGCGGCGGUAAAGUGCUUCACAUAAACAGUUCAACAUCCUGCGGAGUAAACGCUUUAAAGCCUCACUGCGCCAGCCCGAAAUAUUAUUACAUCUGCACGGGGAAUAAAAUGAUUUUAGCGCAAUGCCCCGACGGGCGACACUUCGAAGACCGUUUGCAGAAAUGCGUCCUCGUUCCUCGAGACAGAUACAUUCCGAUUGCCGAUCCAUCGAAUUCAAAUGAACUUCCGGUGUGCGAGAGCCCAGGCUCGUUCCCAGUUCCGAAUGACUGCGCCUUGUUUUACACCUGCAGGAAGAAAUUCUUUGGGAUGAAUCGAAAUUUCUACAGAUGCCCAAAGAAAAUGAUGUACGAUGUGAACAACGGGAUGUGUUCGCCUUCGAGUACUUGCGACGACUCCACGUUGCCUCUUUCAUGUCCACCGAGUAUUCAAAUUUUGAACGAAGGUAGACAUUUAGUACGUCGUUCGAAACCGAUAGGAGAAGAGAAGAGAACGACGAUUAUUUGUAAAAUAGUAUAUCUGAACGAGGAAGAGGGUACGACGAGAAGUGUUGAAAACGUAGAUACGACCACUGAUUCAUUAAUAAUUAAACUUGAUAACGAUACUGCAAGCACAGCGGAACGUGACCAUAGUACCACUCCAGCAGGAGAAAAUACUGAAGAAUCGAUUAACGAAUUUGAAGUCACGACCUCGGAAGAUUCAUUUACAGACGCAAUUGUACCGUUCGAAGUUACAACGAAUCCUUCAUUAAUUUUAACAAGCUUAAAAGCUGCAAGUACAGAGGAGUACUAUGAAAAUACUCCUGCAUUUACAAGCACUAAUAGCGUAACGAACGUCCCUACAAAUUUCGAUUCAAUUUUAAGUGAAUCAGAAGUUCUUGUGGAACGAAAUAUUUUCAGGGAAGAGUAUAUCACAACGCAGAAUAUUGCUGAAGGUGGAAGCACUCCAAUUAUUUUUACUGAUUUGAAUACUACAAUCCAAACGACUACAGAAGUGAAUGAAUAUACUACAAAGGAAUUGGUUUCAGAAAGUCAGUCUACAAUUGUACCAAAUGUGACUUCAGGUAUAUUUGAAGAACUGGAAAAUAAUGAUGAAAAUACUGAAGAACCUUUUAAAGAUAGUACAAUUUCGAAUACUGAAUUUACUAAUGAAAAUCCGAUUAUUACGUCGAUGCUACCAUAUUCGAGCUUAAAUAAAAAUGAACAGACAACCACUGAUCAAACGGAAUCUACUAAUAUUCAAGAAUAUUUGAUACCAUUUAAUGAUUUAACAACUGAAAGUAAUAACGAAGAAACAUCGUCUAAAAUAACAGACGAUGCAAUUGGAACUUCGUAUACUACAGAAUAUCUGACAACCAGUAAAUAUGACUCUGGAUGUUCGAGUACUGACGCAGCAAAUGAUUUCGAUACUAUAAUUACUACUACUGAAGGAAUUGGAUUUAGCGAAUCGACAUCCACAGAAGUAACACUCAGUACAAUAGACGAUUCAUUCGAUUCAGUAACGUUAAGAGACGUUACUAUCAUCAGUAAUGCUAGUGAAAUCAUUGAAAACAAUGCGUUCUUUGACCUGGAAUCAAUUCCACAAGAAGCUACUUCUAAGAACCCUGUUACCAAUCUUGAAGAAUUAUCAAGCAGUAGUGUAAAUCUCGUAACAGAGAACGUAGUCACAGAGUUGAAUUCUCAAAGUACAGAUAACGACGAGACUUUCGAGGCUGAGAAAAAUGUAACGAAAGCGAAAACCACGAGCUCACCGCAACAAAUGAGAACGGUAUCAAAGAACAUAAUGCUACCCAUUGCGUCAGCAGUUUUAAAUGUCACUGAUAAGCUCGAACGAUACAUAAGAGCAAUUUUAAUCAAUUACUUCUCGAGGUACGUAUAAAAUGUAAACGAGUCAGUGG